CGUGUGUUGGACCAAGCAGGCUCUAGUGACCACAGAUAUCAUGCCACUCCACUGCAGUAAUGCUACAAAAUGUCUAGUUUUGUCUCUCUUCAUGUGUUUAGAAUGUAGUCUGUGUGAAAAUAAGGCUUCAAAAGCACAGCACUGCAGAGAGGCCGAGCCUAAACAGGAUGAGCUUCGGUACCCACGCACGACUAGAAUCUCCAAGACAGCACCCAGUUGGGAGGGGACUGCUGUUGUUGACGGGCAAUUUAAACCAAUCAAACUGGCUGAUUAUCUUGGGAAAUACUUAAUUCUCCUCUUCUAUCCACUGGAUUUCACAUUUGUGUGCCCCACGGAGAUCACAGCCUUCAGUGACCGUGUGGAGGAGUUCCGCGCCAUCAACACUGAGAUCGUGGCGUGCUCUGUGGACUCGCAGGUGGCCCACCUGGCCUGGGUCAGCACACCGAGGAAACAGGGCGGCCUGGGGCCUGUGAAGUUCCCCUUGUUGUCAGAUUUAACGUUUCAAAUUUCUAAGGACUAUGGGGUGUAUUCAGAAGAACAUGGACACACACUAAGAGGACUGUUCAUCAUAGAUGGGAAAGGGGUUCUGAGGCAGAUGACCAUCAACGACCCCCCUGUUGGCCGCUCUGUGGACGAGACUCUCCGGCUGGUGCAAGCCUUCCAGCACACUGACCAGCACGGGGAAGUGUGUCCUGCCGGCUGGGAACCAGGAAGUAAAACGAUAAACCCUGAGGAGGCUCUGAGAGCCAGGUGGCCAAGAGUGGAGCUGUAAAUGACAUCCCUUUGAGAAGCUAAUUAUUGUGAACAGUGGUGAACCAGAAGCAAGACACAGCUCCUCGUUUUAAACAUUGUAAAACCACAUAUGAAGUAAAAAGACGUAAUGCUUUCUUUUCUGGACUGAUUCUAAUAAUUGUUUUUACUGAGAGAGCAAUUGGCAUUUCAGUCAGUUGAAAGGGUAUAGCCAAUGGUGUUUAUUGUCUGACUUCACAAACACAUUACACAGUC